GCGCUCGUCGUGUCCGUGUGUUUCGGCUUGCAGUGAAAAAUCAGUGGAGCAAUAUCACUUAACUUCAUCGGCAACCGAAGAGAUCGCCGGGAUAGAAAAGCAUGUGGUUUCCACUUAAAAUUAUUAAGAUAGCUUAAUAAAUUUACGUGUAACUUUCGGAAAAGGUGAUCUGCGGAUUUCAAUUGCACACACACUCGCUAGCCGAGAUACGGAUACACACACACAGAUACACAGAUACAGUGGCUCGAAGUGAAGUUCGGUUUUCACUGAAACAAAAACAGCGCGUUUCCUUUUCGCAUUCGCUUAAAUUACAGAAGUGAUUUUUGUUCGUGUGUGCAACUAGUGCUGUUUUUGGGGAAACGCGCCUUAAAACCACGAAAAUAACUCCGACUAGCAGGCAGUGAAAAAAGCUGAAAUCAACUCAAAAAACCAACUCCAAAAAGUUGGCGCUGGUCAAAAAAGAAAAAAACAUCCAGCUACAACAACAACUGGCCACUGGAAACUACAAGUAAAGCAACAACAACCCAGCAAACGGCAUUCUUUCGCGCAACAACAACGACUCCAAAGAGAGAGCAAACACACACACGCAUUUGCGCUCUCUGCGAGUGUGUAUGUGUACGUGUGGUGGUGUGAGUGAAUUUUGAUUAAAACGUUGUGUGCGCUCUCCCUCUCCCACACUCGGCCCCAUCGCCCUCCCCCUCCCCUUCCAGCGACGCUGGAAUGCGGCCCGUUUGCUGUUGACUGCGCAGUCGCAGCGCGCGUUGUGGAAGAGGUCAAAAAACAACAACACUACGCAAACCAAACGAAAAUUUUACUGUUAGGCGUUUAUCGAUAGCCAAAUCGAUAGAUUUGUUUAAAAGUGCAUAGGCAGUGAAUUAACCCAAUAUCCAAACUACACCUUGAAAACUCAAUUUUUGUGGAUUACGCGAAACAACAAUGCCGACAACUGCAGCGGCUUAAGGUGAGAAACAGCUAGAAACGUAUUUCGAACGCGCGCGCUGUAUACGGAAAAUGAUGCAGCAUGCGAGCAUUUUGCACCGUCAGCGCGCCUUUGGAAGUAUGCGCGUCCUCAGCCGAGCAACUAUCACCAGGCUCGCGAUUCCUGGCCCUGAGGCUCCUGGGGCAGCAGCAGCCGAAAACCCUGUACUUCCUAGUCGAUGCCAAGAGUCGGGUUCGCGAGGUCUACACGCAGACAUGUCUGCACUUUGCCACGCAAGGGAUGCUGGACACCGAGCUCUUCGGUCUGGCUGUGCUCAUAGAUGGCGAGUACAUGUUCGCAGAUCCCGAGAGCAAGCUCUCCAAAUACGGCCCGAAGAGCUGGCGAUCCUCGCACACCCACGGCCUGGAUGCCAAUGGACGACCGCUCCUGGAGCUACACUUCCGCGUGCAGUUCUACAUCGAGAGUCCGUUCAUGCUGAAAGAUGAGACCUCCCGCCACAACUACUACCUGCAGCUGCGCCACAACAUCCUGCAGCGUGAGCUGCCGCGGGAGCAGGCGGAGCAGGCGCUCGUCUUCCUGUCCGGCCUGGCCCUCCAGGCGGACCUGGGCGACGCUCCUCCUGGAUCGGGAUCGGGAUCGGGUGCGGGCACUGGCCACUCCAAGGAGGACUCGGGCGAGGAGGCGGCGGCAUCCCCAUCGCCAUCGCCAGCCGGAGGAGCAAGGGGACUGAGUGCCACCACCACGCUGCCGAAGAUCAGCAAGCGGGCCAACGAGCGGAUGCUGCGGCUCUCCACCUACGUGGCCUCCACCUCGAAGCGGGACUCCGUCCCUCUUCCGCUGCCGCCGAGCCUGCCUUCGAGCGGGGCGGACUACUUCCGGAUGGAGGAGUACCUGCCCGGCGGACUGCACACCGCGUGGGCGAGGAGUGCGAUGCGCGCCUGCCACCGGGAGCACCUGGGCAUGGCCGCCGCCGAGGCGGAGCUGCUGUACAUCCAGCAGGCGUGCAGCCUGCACGAGACCAUCAACGCGCACACCUACCGCAUGCGGCUGGCCAAGAGCGAGCAGGGAUCGGGCAGCGCCUGGUUCGUGGUCUACGCCAAGGGCAUCAAGAUCCUGGGAGGAGCGGCAGGAGGCGGUUGCGAGGGCAGCGAGGCGGCAGAGGCCACCACCUUCCUCUGGCCGAACAUCACGAAGCUCUCGUUCGAGCGGAAGAAGUUCGAGAUCCGCUCGGGGGAGAGCCGGAUCACGCUGUACGCGGCCUCCGACGAGAAGAACAAGCUGCUGCUGACCCUCUGCAAGGACACCCACCAGUGGAGCAUGAAGCUGGCCGCCCGCCUCAAGGAGGUCUCCAAGCGCGAGGAGGAGGAGGCCGCCGAGUCGCAGCGCCUCCACGCCAGCUACGCCUGCUCCCGGAGCCUCCUGCUGCCCUACAAGAGCAAGAACGAGCAGCGCAUCUCGGUGAUCUCGAGCACCAGCUCGAACACCACCUCCGGGAUCGUGAGCGACCGCGUCCACUCCGAGGACGAGCUGGAGAUCAUGAUCAACACCCCGCCCGCGCCCCUCGCCGCCCCCUCCACCGAGAGCCUGGCGCUGGCCCACCUCCUGGACAGGCCCAGUGUGAGCAGGCAGACCUCCAGCGUGGGCCAGAUGUCGCUGAAGGACCUGGAGGAGCAGCUGGCCGCCUUGAGCGUGCGGACGCCGCCGGACGCCACCUCCAGCGGGGUGGCCACUUCGAUGGCGAUGGCGCUGGCCACCUCCUCCUCCGCCCAGCGGAGCUCCUCCAUUGGCGCCGCCAACAACGACUCCUCGACGGCGACGGACUCGCCCAGUUCGCAGCACAACAUCGGCUCCCAGUGCUCCUCCACCUGCAGCACCGUGGUGGUCACCUCGCCAGCGGCCAGCGGAGCGGGAUCCUCCCCCGCAGUGGGAGCGCCCGUUCCGGUGCACUCCACCUCCUCCAGUCUGGAGCUGGGCUUUAGUCACACCGCCCAGAACUCCGCCCUGAGCGAGGCCAGUCCCGAGGACUUCCUGUCCACCUCCGCGAGGGACGUGGAGACGGAGAGCGUGUCCGGGGCCUCGGGGGUGUACACUCUGGCCCACGGAGCGCCGCCCACGGAGACCUCCGGGGUGUACACCAUGCACAGCAGCGAGCUCACCGGCCAGUCCUCGGAGCUGGCCGAGUCGGAGAAGAGCUCCCACUACGGGCUCUUCCAGCCGCAGAAGCUGCAGGAGGAGGACCACGUGACCCGGACCAACUCCGUGGAUGGAAAGAAGACGGAGGAGUUCCGCCUGCGCUCCGACUCCAAUGUGAGCACGAGCAGCUCCUUCCGCGGCGACGGCAGCGACCCCACGGACAACAAGCACUCGCUGCUCUCCGCCGAGGAGCUGACCAACCUGAUCGUGGGCAGGGGCACCUACCCCAGCCGCAAGACGGUCUCCAGCAGCCUGCACUCGGACUGCGACUACGUGACGCUGCCAAUGGGUGGUGAGAGUGGAGGAGCGGAGGAGGACCACCACCAGGAGCAGGAGCUGCCGCCAGCUCCUCCACCGCCGUACAGCGCCAGGCACGAGAAGACGGGACUCUGCGGACCACCGAUCCAAGCCAAGUCAGUAGUGCCCAAACCUGUGGCAGUGGUGGCUCCCAAGCCGGACUCGCCGCCCUGCAGUCCGCCGGUGGCACCACUUGCACCACUUCCCGCCCCGCCUGCCGCCCUGCGGAGGAGGGAUCCGCCGCCGUACUCCAGCGCCAGCAAGCCGCGACCCACCUCCCUGAUAUCCGUAAGCUCCUCGGCCAACCCCGCAUUGCCACCCAGUGCCGCCGGCUCGAUGAGCUCCCUGAAGUCCGAGGAGGUGACGGCCCGCUUCAUCACCACGCGGCCGCAGAUCAGCAUCCUGAAGGCGCACACCAGCCUGCUCCCGGACGGAGCCAAGCCGAGCUACGCGGCCCCGCACCACUGCUCCUCGGUGGCCUCCUCGAACGGAUCUGUGUGCAGCAGCCACCAGCUGAGCCAGAUGAGCCAGCUGAGCCAGCAGUCGCUGCACAACUCCAACUACGCCGGCGGCUCGCAGGCCUCGCUGCACCACCACAGCCACCACCAGCACCACCUGCCGGCGGCGGCGCACCACCGCCACUCGGGGUCGGCGGCCAUCGGGAUCCCAAUAGUUCCUUACGGCCUGCACAAGAGCACCGCCUCGCUGCACCACCAGCAGUCCUGCGUGCUCCUUCCGGUGAUCAAGCCGCGCCAGUUCCUGCCCCCGCCGCCGCCCAGCCUGCCCCGCCAGCCGCCUCCUCCGCCGCCGCCCAGCCACCAGAACCACCAUCCCCAUCCCCACUUGGCCGGGCACCUCUACGGACGGGAGCUGGCCCGCAAGCAGCUGGAGCUGUACCAGCAGCAGCUGUACAGCGACGUCGACUACGUCAUCUACCCCAUCCAGGAUCCGGCGGUCAGCCAGCAGGAGUACCUGGACGCCAAGCAGGGCUCCCUCCUGGCGGCCAUGGCCCAGGCGGCCCCGCCCCCUCCCCACCACCCGUACCUGGCCAUGCAGGUCUCGCCGGCGAUCUACCGGAGCACGCCCUACCUCCCGCUGGCCUUGUCCACCCACUCGCGGUACGCCUCCACCCAGAACCUGUCCGACACCUACGUCCAGCUGCCGGGAGCGAGCUACUCGCCGCUCUACUCGCCCUCGAUGGCCAGCCUCUGCUCCUCCUACGAGCCGCCCCCGCCGCCGCCCCUGCACCCCGCGGCUCUGGCCAGUGGCUCCUCCGCCGCCGCCGCCUCCUCGAUGUUCGCGCGAUCGCGAUCAGACGACAACAUUCUGAACUCGCUCGACUCGCUGCCCAAGGGGAAGCGCCUGCCGCCGCCUCCUCCGCCGCCCUACGUCAACCGGCGACUGAAGAAGCCGCCCAUGCCGGCGCCCAGUGAAAAGCCGCCUCCAAUUCCCUCGAAGCCCAGUCCCAGCAUGAUGAGCCUGCUGCCGCCGCGGAAACCACCCACGCUGAAUCCGCACCACGCCAACUCGCCGCUGACCAAGACCUCCAGCGGCGCCCAGUGGGCGGGCGAGCGACCCAGGCCCGAUCUCGGGCUGGGAAUGGGCCGGGGCAACAACAGCAUCCUGGCGCAGCUGCAGGCCUCGAUGGCCGCCGAGUCGCAGGCCCAGGCCCAAGCCCAGGCCCUGGACAUCGCGCUGCUCCGGGAGAAGAGCAAGCACCUGGACCUGCCGCUCAUCUCGGCGCUCUGCAACGACCGCUCGCUGCUGAAGCAGACCAAGGUGAUGGUCAACCCGAAGACGGGCCAGGAGAUCCCGAUGCCCGCCGUCGGUAGUUCGCCGCCGUCGGGAGCCACCACGAACGGUGGCUCCCACUCCUCGGGGGGCGGAACCCUGAGCAAGAUGCGCUCCUCCAAGGGCUCCACCGUGAGCCACCGCCACCCGCAGGACAAGCUGCCGCCGCUGCCCGUCCAGCAGCUGGCGGAGGCCAACAACUACGUGAUCGACCCCGCGGUCAUGAUGAAGCAGCAUCACCAGCAGCAGCACCACAAGACCAGCUAAACGGACCCGGAAGCGGAACCAGAAACGGAAACGGAAACGGAAGUGGACCAAGGGGUCCAAGACGACACUCUUCUCUCUAGUUCGAUGCCGCUCGAAGUGCUGAGGUAUUUGUGUGCUCGCUGGCGAGAGGUGUCCUGCGUCCGGAAAUUUGCAUAGAUCGAAGAAGUGUGUAGAGAGUUUUCCAUUUUCGAUCACAGUGUUUCGGAAGGUAGGGAUUCGCUGGGCAGGAGGGGUGAACAGAACCCACAGGGAAAGACCAGUUAAGAGAGCAGCAGUGAGUGAGAGCCUGACAGGAACUAACCAACCAACUAACCAACUUGCAUUUAGCCAACAAAGCCAGAUUUUCAAAGAACUUAGACUAAAACAGAAGAACGAACAGUGAACCAACUGAACAGCACCGAGUCAAAAGCUAGACUAACAAAGCAACCAGUAAGCCAGUAAACCAAGAAACCACUACAGAACCAGGACGAGAGCCACUAACCUCAGACACGCAUUGAAUCAAUCAGAACCCAGUCUAGUCACUUAGGGAAUCGGUAACGUAGCCACAGCACAAGCCACAACGACCACCAUCGGAACCACCAUCGGAAAUAGAGAAAUAGAGAGAGAGAAAGCGAAUAGGACGAGGCAGGACGAAGCAGGACGAACGAACAGAAUCGGGAAGGAACAAUACUCAAGUAUAAUAUACGAGCACUACUUAAUUAACCAACUACUUCGUAGGACCUUAGUCUUAGCUGCAAAUACUUAGUUAGGCCAGAAACGCGAAUACUUAACACUAACUAACUACUUCCGCCCAAACAACUGUGAUUGAUUUUAUUUAAACUUACGCUAAAUUUACAACUACCUUAGUCAGCAGGAACAACGCAACCACAUACGACAAAGUAUGCAAGCUAUGCAAAUUUUUAGUACGUAGCGAUCGCCCUCACACGAAACACACACAUACUCAACUCACAACGAAUCGGGCCAGCGAACGUAUCGGGCGAGGAUCGUUCGUUCGAAUCGGUAAUGAAGCGG